AUGAGACGAAGCUCAAUUAUUGCUGGCAGCGCUGGUCGGCAGUCUAUGAUGGCACUGCGAGUGCAGGACAACAACAAGAUGGGUCUUCAAACACCCCAGAUGAAGGACAGAGGUACGUUUGGGAAGCUAAGCAUGAGCAAACCUACACCUGGAACUUCGGAAAGGAAAGUCAGCUUUUUUGGCAAGAGAACUAGUGGGGUUGGAGGCUCACGCAACAGUCAGUAUGGUGUGUUUGGUACAGAAAAGAUCAAGGAUCCCAGGCCACUUCAUGACAAGGCAUUCAUCCAACAAUGUAUCAAACAGCUUUGCGAGUUUCUUGGUGAGAAUGGUUAUGCCCAUAAUGUUUCCAUGAAAUCACUACAGUCUCCAUCUGUUAAGGACUUUUUAAAAAUCUUCACUUUUAUCUAUGGAUUUCUUUGCCCUUCUUAUGAACUGCCUGACUCCAAAUUUGAAGAGGAAGUUCCCAAAGUUUUUAAAGAGCUGGGGUACCCCUUUGCUUUGUCAAAAAGCUCCAUGUACACAGUGGGAGCACCACAUACGUGGCCUCAGAUUGUGGCAGCUUUAGUGUGGUUAAUUGAUUGUGUCAAGUUGUAUGCUGCCAUGAGGGAAAAUGCACCAUCGUUUGAUGAUGGACAGAACAGGGGAGGAGAGACAGAUGAUGGAAUUGUACAUAACAAGGUUUUUAUGGAUUAUUGUGUGAAGUGCUAUGAGCAGUUCAUGAAAGGGGGAGAUACUUUUGAAGAAUUGGAUGCGGAAGUGCAGUCAAAAUUAAAGGAUUUAUUUAAUAUAGAUGAAUUCCAGAUAGAAAGUUUAACAGCUGACAACAAAAGGCUUCAUGAAGAGAUUGCAAGAUUAGAAAAAGAAAAGGAAAACGAGCCGGAUCGUAGAGUAUCACUACGAAAUGUGAAAGCAUCUCUUCAAGCAGACGUCCAGAAAUACCAGGCUUAUUUGGCUAAUCUGGAAUCUCAUAUAGCCAUCCUUGAUCAAAAAAUGAAAGGUGUUAAUGAGGAAGUUGAGACAGCGGAAAUGGAAGUGGAAGCUAUGAAGCAGGAGAAUGCCCGGCUCCAGCACAUCUUCGAUAACCAAAAGUACUCAGUUGCGGACAUUGAGAGAAUAAAUCAUGAGAGAAAUGAGUUGCAGCAAACCAUUAACAAGCUAACUAAGGAAGUGGAAGCAGAAGAACAUCAGCUGUGGAAUGAAGAACUGAAAUAUGCUAGGAAUAAAGAGGCGAUUGAAAUGCAACUGGCAGAGUACCAUAAACUGGCUCGAAAGCUGAAAUUAAUUCCAGUAAGUGCUGAGAAUUCCAAAGGUCACGAUUUUGAGAUUCAGUUUAAUCCUGAUGCAGGACCAAGUUGCCUAGUCAAAUACAGAACUCAGAUCAAGGGUCCCCUUAUGGAGAUCAUAAACCAGACUGAGGAAGAAAUUAGGAAAGCUACUCAACAGAAAAUGGCUUUGGAAGAUACUUUGGAACAGAUGAAUGUAAUGGUAGUAGACAAGAAAAGCAGUGUGAAAACACUGAAAGAAGAAGCUGAAAAGCUGGAUGAUCUUUACCAUCAGAAGCUUAAGGAGGCAGAAGAGGAAGAGCAAAAAUGUGCAAGUGAACUGGAAUUGUUAGAGAAGCAUAAACAAUUACUUGAGAGUGGAGUCAAUGAAGGUCUCAGCGAAGCCACAAAUGAAUUGCAUGACCUUCAACGACAGUAUCAAGUUGUUCUGCAAACAACAACAGAAGAGAGAAGGAAAGCUGGUGAUAACUUGCAUCGUCUUUUAGAAGUGAUUGCUAGUCAUGUACUAUCCACAGAGAAAUAUCUUGAAGAACAGAAUGUGAAAAUUGAGAAAGACUAUAAGGAAUUCACAUCUGAAGAUCUAUUGUCAACCUUGACGGGAAUUCUAGAUAGUUAUAAAAAGAAGGCUGAAAGUCUAUAAUUGCCAAAAAGAUGAAGAUGAAAAUUUCUGAAGCUCUGGUAUGAUGUCUUCUAAAAGGAUGGGUUCUUCUUGCGUUCAGCAGCGAAACUGGUUUUAAGUGUAAAGAAAUGUUUGUAUGAACUUCCUUUUGUUUUAUGGACACAAAUACAUUAAAAAAUUAACCAAUAUAUUUG